AUGAAGAAUGGCAGGGACAGGAGUAUCGGGUAUGGCGACUUUCGUGAGCCCCAUAUACAGAUUCCUAACCACUCGAGUUUCACAGACAAGGAGCACCCGCUCGCGGGCGCGGUGAUUUGCUUCACUGCAGUCCAGUUGGAGAAAAAGACCCGGCUUCUCAAUGUCGCAAAAGAAAUGGGCGCUUCUGAACGACCCGAUCUAACCAACGAAGUCACUCAUCUAUUUGUCGGAGCUACCGAUUCCCCCAAAUACCAAUUCGUCGCACGCGAGCGAAACGAUGUCAAAGUCCUCCAACCAGAAUGGAUCGAGGCAGUUCGCGAAUCGUGGAUGCAGGGGGAGGACACCGACAUUCAGGCAUUGGAAAUAAAGUAUAAGCUACCUACCUUCUUUGGAUUGACGCUUUGCAUUACUGGUUGGUCAGACAUGGGAUAUCGGACGAAAAUGAAUGAUAUUGCUAUGGAGAAUGGAGCAGAGUUUCGAAGAGACUUGACUAAAAGCGUUACGCACCUCGUGGCCCGGUAUGCGGAAGGAGAAAAAUACAAGUUCGCAACACAAUGGGGAAUUAAAGUUGUCAGUGAAAAAUGGUUUUACGAUUGUGUUGAGAGAGGUAUGACCUUAAAUGAAGAAAAGUAUCAUCCAUCCCUGCCACUCGAUGAACAAGGUGUUGGCGCAUGGGAUCGACUUGCUCCCAGAGGAUAUGGGGAAAAAGCGAAACAACGGCAGGCGUCCGGCGAUCCCUCGUCUGAUAACAGGCCUCGAAAGAAGCUACGCCGGACUGCAAGUACCAAGCUUGUUGGUCAGAAUGAGAAUAUAUGGGGUGAUAUCAUCGGGGCUGGUUUCAUGAACGCGGAGACGACAGAUUCGAAUAAGAAGGAAGAAGAUGAGAUGGACUCGCCACCGCCUAGAACUGUUAUUCAAGCAGCCAAAUCUUUCGCCAGCGAGUCUGUUUUCGGCGAGACUAUGGAGAAAAGUCAACCCCAGGAGCUGGCACCUAAAAUCCCGGAGGGCUUUCUCGGCGGGUUCUAUUUCUAUUUGCAUGGCUUCUCAACAAAACAGAUGGGGGUUUUACACCGUCAUCUUGGAUUCAAUGGAGCAGAAUGUGUGAAAUCACUGAGCGAGUUCUCUCGUCCAAGUAUUCCAAAGACGGGCCAGGGCCUAUACAUUAUGAUUCCGUACCAGACCCCAAGAUCUGAAGUUCCAUCAACGGAUGAAAUGGCAUUCGAAUGUGACGUUGUUACAGACAUGUGGCUUGAAAAGUGCUUGCAUGCACGCGCACUCAUACCUCCCGAAUCCCACGUUGCUAGCACACCAUUUCCUAUAUUUCCUAUUCCAGGGUUUGCGGAAAUGAGAGUAUGUUCUACCGGGUUCGCAGGAAUUGAUCUUCUUCACGUUUCCAAAAUCGUGGCCUUGAUGGGAGCGACAUACGAUGAAGUGCUCACACAGCAGGCAUCUGUCCUGAUUUGCAAUGACCCACAAACCGCAAGCACAGACAAACUGCGGCAUACUAGUGGAUGGGGUGUCCCAGCCGUUUCUGCAGAGUGGCUGUGGAUAUCCGUUCAGGCUGGCCAAAAGAAGCCACUGGAACCUUAUAUCGUGCAAAAGCAAAUAUCACAAGCCAAGCGGACUGUAGAAAAGCCCGGCGCUGCAUUUGCGAACGAAAGAACUAUAGACGAGAAAUUGAAAAAAGGACAGGAGGCAGGGUCAAAGACUAGUCCAGACUCUACCAAUGAAGAAGUAUCCGAAAAAGCGCAGUCUGUGAAGAAUAAUCGCAACCGCGUGAUGCCAAUAAUUGACGACGGCUUUUCGAAAGACGCUGAAGAUAAUGCGCCACAGGCCUCUGUACCAGGCUCUCGAUCUCCAUCCCCUAGCAAAGCAGAAGGCGAUUCCACCACUGAUGUCGCUGCUCCUAAACAAGCCGAAGAAGACCAAGCCAAACCGGCCGGGCCCUCUGCGUUAGACACUGCGCUCAAAGGACUCCUCCAGCAAGCACAAGCAGCAAAAAUCCGCCAAAAGAGCGAAGGCACAACAAGCACAGAGGACGACAAGUUCUCAAAUCGAAGAAAACGGAAGCCUCUUCUCGGCCGCGCACCAUCUCACUCAUCCACCAAGGCCCUCGAGAGCACCGGUGCACCAUCCAGAGCUAGCUCCGUCGACACACUCAACGACGAUGAUAGCCGCAUCGAUGUCCUUAAUGAUCAGAGUCUGUCGUCGAUGUUCAGCGGUAGCGGUGGAAAAUUUGAUUUCUUAGCUGAUAAGCAACCUGCGCUCGAUGGAAAAGACGAGGACGAAGAGAAUACUGAGCCCCAGAUGACACAAUUGGAUUACGAGGAUGCGGAUGCAGCAGCUAUGAGAGCUGAAUUCCUGCGUGACGCAGGAAAGUUGGUUGGCAAGCCCAAGCCGGCUGAUCCUGCAUUAUUAAUUGGGGAGGCGAGAGAAAUGGAAGAUGUAGGAUGGGGCUCUAGACGAAGAACUAGGAAGCAUCCUCGCGGUGAUGAUGAUUGA